GCUCCCACUGCCCCUGCAUCCGUCAUUAUCUCUAAAACCCAAACAGCGAGUCCCACAGCACAAAAAGUACAAAGGAAAAAGGAGCCUCAGAAGGACACGAAUGACCCAAACAUCUCUCCAGGCCAGAGUUCUGGCUUCACCACACCCACUGCUAUGACACCUUCUGUUCCAACCACAGUUGAACCUUCGAUUGAUCCCAGUGUCUCUGCUUUUACUCACUCCUCCCUAGAAAACACAAAUGGAAUUUUGAACACAAUUGUUCUUCAUUCAAGAACUCCUAAUCUGACAGACGUAACUAAAGAACUACUUCAAGUGAGUCCUGAGACUCUGAAGAGCACAACUGCUUCUGAAACAACUUUGUCCAGCAAAUCACACCAGAGUACCACAACUAGGAAAACAAUCAUGAGACACUCGACAGUGACAACAUUCCUGAGCAGCAGUGCCACUGUAAUGCCAAUCCCCAUCUCCCCUCCCUUCACUCAAAGUGCAGUUACUGACAACGUGGUAACUCCCAUUUUCAGGACAAUGACUAACACAAUGGUCAAGUCACAUGAACCUGCAAAGCACAAUCCUAAACCACAGCAAUUAGUAGUAGAGGCUGCAGAGUCUCCCAAGUCUUGCCCAAAUGCCACGUCCACCGUUGGAACCACUGACUCUAUCUACUCUAAUCUGUUACGUUCUACUCCGAUGCCAGCACUAACACCAGUUACAUUACAGAAUUCUAAAUUGUCUCCCUCUCUCUGGUCAGAAAAUCAAUUUUGGCACAAGUCAUACCCAGAAAUUGCUGAAAAGGGUGAAAAGCCAAUAGUAAGCAUGCCGCCCACUGUAGACUUACCAGAGGCCACCACCCGUGCCUCAAAUUGGGACGGACAGAAGAGUGCGAAAGAGAGUGGCUUUGAUGAGAAACCAGUUCAGAAAAUAACUUCCAAACUCUUUCCUUUUGACUCCUUGUCUAGGAAUAUAUUUGAAAAGCCCAGAAUAGUUGGGGGGAAAGCUGCAAGUUUUACUGUUUCAGCUAACUCAGAGGCCUUUCUUCCAUGUGAGGCUGUUGGAAAUCCCCUCCCCACCAUCCACUGGACCAGAGUCUCAUCAGGACUUGAUUUGUCUAAAAGGAAACAGAAUAGCAGGUUCCAGGUGCUCCCCAAUGGCACCCUGUCCAUCCAGAGGGUGGACAUUCAGGACCGUGGACAGUACCUGUGCUUGGCAUCCAAUCCGUUUGGCACAGACCGCCUUCAUGUCACCUUGUCUGUGGUUUCCUAUCCUCCCAGGAUCCUGGAGAGACGUACCAAAGAGAUCACAGUUCAUUCUGGAAACACUGUGGAACUGAAAUGCAGAGCAGAAGGCAGGCCAAGCCCUACGAUUUCCUGGAUUCUUGCAAACCAAACAGUGGUCUCAGAAUCAUCCCAGGGAAACAGGCAGGCCCUGGUGACAUUUGAUGGAACGCUGGUCAUCCGCAACCUCAGCAUUUACGACCGUGGCUUUUACAAAUGCAUAGCCAGCAACCCAGCUGGCCAGGAUUCACUGCUGAUUAAAAUGCAAGUCAUUGCAGCCCCACCUGUUAUUCUAGAGCAAAAGCGGCAAGUCAUUGUAGGGACUUGGGGUGAAAGCUUGAAACUGCCCUGUACUGCAAGAGGAACUCCUCAGCCCAGUGUUCACUGGGUCCUCUCUGAUGGCACUGAAGUGAAACCAUUACAGUUUACCAACUCCAAGUUGAUCUUAUUUUCAAAUGGGACUCUGUAUAUAAGAAACAUAGUCUCUUCAGACAGGGGAACUUAUGAAUGCAUCGCUACCAGUUCCACUGGCUCGGAGAGAAGGGUGGUAACGCUUACGAUGGAAGAGCAAGAAACCACUCCCAGGAUAGAAGUUGCAUCCCAGAAAUGGACUGAGGUGAAUUUUGGGGACAAAUUACUACUGAACUGCUCAGCCACUGGGGAGCCCAAACCCAAAAUAAUCUGGAGGUUACCAUCCAAGGCUGUCAUUGGCCAGUGGCACAGAAUAGGCAGCCGAGUCCAUGUCUACCCAAAUGGAUCCCUGUUUAUUGGAUCAGUAACAGAAAAAGAUGGUGGUGCCUACUUGUGUGUGGCAAGGAACAGAAUGGGGGACAAUCUGAUACUGAUGCAUGUCAGCCUGAGACUGAAACCUGCCAAAAUUGACCACAAGCAGGAUUUUACAAAACAAGUGCUCCAUGGGAAAGAUUUCCAAGUUGACUGCAAAGCUUCUGGCUCCCCGGUGCCCGAGAUAUCCUGGAGUUUGCCCGAUGGGACGAUGAUAAACAAUGCAAUGCAAGCCGAUGACAGUGGCCACAGGAGCAGGAGGUACACCCUUUUCAACAAUGGGACCUUAUAUUUCAACAAAGUUGGUAUAGCAGAGGAAGGAGAUUAUACUUGCUAUGCCCAGAACACCCUAGGGAAGGAUGAAAUGAAGAUCCACCUAACAGUUGUAACAGCUGUGCCACGGAUAAGACGCGGUCACGAUACCAACACAAGAACCAAAGUUGGAGACACAGCCAUCCUUGACUGUGAGGUCACCGGGGAACCCAAACCAAAAAUAUUUUGGUUGCUGCCUUCCAAUGACAUGAUUUCAUUCUCCAAUGAUAGGUACACAUUUCAUGCCAAUGGGUCUUUGUCCAUCAACAGAGUAAAACUGCUCGAUUCUGGAGAGUAUAUGUGCGUAGCCCGAAAUCCCAGUGGGGAUGACACCAAAAUGUACAAACUGGAUGUUGUCUCCAAACCUCCAUUAAUCAAUGGUCUGUACACAAACAAAACUGUUAUCAAAGCCACAGCCGUGAGGCACUCCAAAAAACACUUUGACUGCAGAGCUGAAGGGACACCAUCUCCUCAAAUCAUGUGGAUCAUGCCAGACAAUAUUUUCCUUACAGCCCCAUACCAUGGAAGCAGAAUCACAGUCCAUAAAAAUGGCACCUUGGAAAUUAGGAAUGUGAGGCUUUCAGAUUCAGCUGAGUUUAUCUGUGUGGCUCGGAACGAAGGAGGACAGAGCAUUUUGGUGGUUCAAUUAGAAGUACUGGAAAUGCUGAGAAGACCAAAAUUCAGAAAUCCAUUUAAUGAAAAAAUAGUUGCCCAGCUUGGAAAGUCCACAGCAUUGAAUUGCUCUGUUGAUGGUAACCCUCCACCUGAAAUAAUGUGGAUUUUACCAAAUGGCACACGAUUUUCUAGUGGACCACAAAAUUCUCAGUACCUGAUAGCAAGAAAUGGUUCUUUUGUCAUUCAUAAAACAACUCGGGACGAUGCAGGGAAAUAUCGCUGUGCAGCUAGAAACACAGUUGGCUAUAUUGAGAAAUUAAUCGUAUUAGAAAUUGGCCAGAAGCCAGUUAUUCUUACAUACGCGCCAGGGACAGUAAGAAGGAUCAGUGGAGAAUCUCUGUCACUGCAAUGUGUAUCUGAUGGAAUUCCUAAGCCAAAUAUCAAAUGGACUAUGCCAAGUGGUUAUGUAAUGAAUAGGCCUCAAACUAAUGGAAAAUACAUAUUGCAUGAAAAUGGCACCUUAGUCAUCAAAGAAGCAACAGCCUAUGACAGAGGAAACUAUAUCUGUAAAGCUCAAAACAGCGUUGGCCACGCACUGAUUACUGUUCCAGUAGCGAUUGUAGCCUACCCUCCUCGAAUUACAAGUCGCCCACCCAGGAGCAUCCUGACAAGAACAGGAGCGGCCUUUCAGCUCCGCUGUGUGGCCCUGGGAAUUCCCAAGCCAGAAAUCACAUGGGAAAUGCCUGACCACUCCCUGCUCUCGGUGGCAAGUAUAAGCAGAAUGCAAAGUGAGCUGCUUUCCCCCCGGGGCACCCUAGUCAUUCAAAACCCCCAGACCUCCGAUUCUGGGAUAUACAAGUGCACAGCAAGGAACCCACUUGGCAGUGAUUAUGCAACAACUUAUAUUCAAAUAAUCUGACAUGAAAUAAAGUUAAAAUGAAAUCGAA